AUGUUCAUGGAUGCUUCAACAGGUAGCAGAAUGUCCGUGAAAGAAGCUACUAAACUUGGACUUAUGGCAAUUGUUGCGGCUCCCAUUCUCGCUGGGCAGGCCGUAGUUGAUACAGUAAAGAAGGGAGUACAGAAUGUAAAAUCUAAAGAAAUGGUCAAAAGAAGUGCUGACAUUGUAGAUUUCACUAAAGUGAAGCAGUUUUCUUCUACUACAGAGUCCCGCCCAAGAGGUAUGCCCAUAGGUGAGGCCAUUGAAAGAGGAGUGGUAGAUAAAUCAACGGGAGCGUUUACUGACCCUAAUACUGGUGUUGAAAUGACACUAGAAGAAGCUCUGGAUGCUGGCCUUAUUGAUCCCUUAUCAGCUGAACUAAUUGAUCCAAGGACAAGCAAACUUUUCAAUCUGAAGGAAGCAAUUGAAAAGGGACUGUUAGAUUCAACAGGACAUUAUGUCGAUCCAAAAACUGGACACAAGUUAAGUCUUGGAGAGGCUGUCAAUGAGCAUACCAUCAGGAAGAAACAUAUACCUGAACAAGAACCAAGUACCAGGACCACAACUGUGAAGGAACAGACAAAAAUGGCAGUAGGUGCUGUUAUAGAUCCUAGAACUAACCAAGAAAUCUCACCGGAGAAAGCAUUACAAGAUGGAAUCAUUGAUCAUGAUGCUGGUCUUUACAUCAAUCCAGUAACAAGAGAGAAGAUUCCUAUAGCCUCUGCUGUAGAAUUAGGACUAAUAAAGGGCAAGGUUAUUGACUCCAUCGUUUCUAGAGAAGAGAUUAUUCAAAGUGGAACACUGGCUAAAACCCAAGUUGCAGAGCAUAUGCAGUUCCACAUUGAAUCCAUGAUUGAUCCAAGAACAAACAAGCCAAUAUCUGUACAGAAGGCUAUAAAUGAAGGAAUAUUAGACCACACUAGUGGAAUGUACAAGAACCCAAAGACAGGCCAAAGGAUGACAAUUGAAGAGGCAGUUGAGCAGGGCUUAUCAAUGCAAAGGAGGUUGAUGUUGUUCAGGAAGAAACAACAAUUGUUAGUGGUAUGA